AUUUAGAAAAUUAUACCGGAAACCUCGUUAUACUGGGUUUACCUGGCAGUAUUUUGUGUCGUGCCUGAAAGGACUGUGAAGUCUUGUAGCCGCUCUGACUUGAGGAGUGACAACUUAACGAUGGCGGGUGCUCUUCAUCUGUUUGCUCUAGUUCGCUCUUUCCGGUUCUGUGGACGGGGGCGACAGCAGCUGAGCUGAGCUCACAGCCACAGUUUCAAUUCCCUCGCUAGGACGAUCCCAACCACCAACUCCUGCGAGGGUAGCUUGGAUAUUCAAGGACAUUUUAACGUUACUAUAGCUACUUUGGCCUUUUCUGUCGAUUGAGGAAAAACCAGCGUGUGGUUCUCCGGUGCAAUGAUGUGGCCAGAUUUUGUAAACACGGGCAGAAACGGCGGUUAAUAUUCACUGUGCAACACUCCCGAGCUGAUGAUGUUUGUCUUCGUCUCAUCUUUACAUGUCGUACCCGCACCCCUUCCUCUGCGGAAGGGCCAAACAAACGGCCACGUAAAGGACAUCAUUUGCUGACUUUCGAUGCGUUUUUAUCUCAAUUAUGGCAUCGUUUCCACACCUCAAGUCGGCGGCUGUUUCGUGCUGAAAGAAAACCGUGUUACUGGUGAAAGUAGUGACCCCGAAAACGCGGAGAAAAGGCCAGUGAACUUUGAUAUGCUGAGUGCUGGAUUGUGGCGAAGCCAGAGGUGCAACACUGAUGUGCAUCAGGUCCAGGAACCGUCAAUGUGGACUUCAGCUGGUGAUUUGACAAGUUAAAUAUAGGAGCCCCCCGAAUCUCUCCUGUCCCCUCUCCCUUCCCUCUGUCCCUCCCCCCUUCCCUUGUCAAUCUUCUCCCCAAUCCCACUCUCCCCAUCCUCCAAGAUUCACCAUGCUUAUCAAGGAGUACCGCAUCCCCAUGCCCAUGAGUGUGGAGGAGUACCGCAUUGCCCAGCUCUAUAUGAUCCAGAAAAAGAGCAGAGAAGAGAGCUGUGGUGAAGGUAGUGGGGUGGAGAUUCUAGAGAACAAGCCCUACACAGAUGGACCGGGUGGGACGGGCCAGUACACCCACAAGGUUUACCAUAUUGGCAUGCACAUUCCCAGCUGGUUCCGCUCCAUCCUGCCCAAAGCAGCACUGAGGGUUGAAGAGGAGUCCUGGAACGCCUACCCUUACACCCGCACCAGAUACACCUGCCCCUUUGUUGAGAAGUUCUCCAUUGACAUUGAGACCUACUACAAAUCUGACACAGGCAAUCAAGAUGUCUUCAACAUGUCUGCAACAGAGAAGAGGCAGAGGACUAUUGACCCAAUCGACAUUGUGACAGAUCCCAUCCCCCCCCAUGAAUACAAAGCAGAGGAGGACACACGGCUCUACAAGUCAGCCAAGACCCAGAGGGGUCCUCUGCAGGACGACUGGAUAGAAGAGUACAAAAAUAACCCAGGGAAGACCCCCAUCAUGUGUGCCUACAAACUCUGCAAGGUGGAGUUUCGUUACUGGGGCAUGCAGUCUAAGAUUGAACGCUUCAUCCAUGAUGUUGGAUUGAGAAAGGUGAUGGUGCGUGCCCACCGGCAGGCCUGGUGCUGGCAGGAUGAGUGGUACGGUCUGACCAUGGAGGACAUCCGGCAGCUGGAACUGGAAACCCAGCUGGCUCUGGCCACGAAGAUGGCCCAGUUCAGUCAGGCAGAAGAGGCCACAGAGGCCAACGGAGAUGCUCCGUCCCCAGACAAACACCAGGAGGUUAAAGAAGCGAUCAGCUCCAUUGAAGCUGAGGAGGUGGUUGUUCACUCAGGAGGAGAGACUCUCCAGCCACGAGGUGUACUCACCAAGCAGUGGUCCACUUCAUCCCGAUCCUCCCGCUCAUCCAAGAGAGGAGUGAGCCCAUCACGUCACAGCAUCUCAGAGUGGAGGAUGCAGAGCAUAGCGCGAGACUCAGACGACAGCUCGGACGAGGAGUUCUUCGACGCUCAUGAGGAUUUCUCAGACGGCGAGGAGGUCUUCCAAAAGGAAAUUUCCAAGUGGAACUCCAACGACCUCAUAGACAAGAUUGACUCUGCAGACACAGAGGAAACUCCUGGUGAGCUGUUCAAGGAAAUGACAGUGGAUUAUGAGAGAGCAACCAGUGAGGAAAGACUAGAUGAGGAGAGCUCGUCCCAGCAGUGUCUGCAGCCCUCCAAGAUCCAUGUGCUGAUCUUGGUUCUGCACGGAGGGAACAUCCUGGAUACAGGCGGAGGGGACCAGAACAGCAAGCAGGCCGACGUCAACACCAUUAGUACAGCUUUCGAAACAGUCAUGCGUGUUCACUACCCCACGGCGCUGGGACGCAUCGCCAUACGCUUGGUGCCCUGCCCUGCCAUCUGUGCCGAGGCCUUCUCCCUAGUUUCCAACCUGAGCCCAUACAGCUACGAUGAGGGUUGUCUGUCCAGCAGCCAGGACCACAUCCCUCUGGCAGCUCUCCCCCUACUGGCCACCUCUGCUCCACAGUACCAGGAGGCCAUUGCCACUGUCGUUGUAAGAGCCAACCAGGUGUACGCAGAGUUCAUAAAGUCUCUUAACGGGGCAGUCUUCUCUGGCCAGGUAUGCCUCAUUGGGGACUGUGUGGGAGGAAUCUUGGGAUUUGAUGCACUGUGCAGCAGCAACCAGACAGUUAAUGAAAGCCAGGACAGCAGUCGCAGGGGCAGUGUUGUCAGUGUACAGGACCAGGACCUCCUUUCUCCUGGAAUCAUUAUCAACAGCGGGCACGGGUCAGCCUCUCUGACUCUGGAGGGCAGCCGCCACCUCAGUCGCAGUAACAUUGACAUUCCUCGUGCCAGUUCAGGUGACGACACUAAGCGACAACUGCCACGCAAGAGAAGUGACUCCUCCACCUACGAGCUGGACACAAUAAAACAACACCAGGCCUUCCUCACCAGCUUACACGCCAGUGUUUUGCGGAAUGACACAGUCUCACGCAGGUCGAGUAGCAGCGCUAUGCUGGAUGGAGGCUCCCUGGGAAAGUUUGACUUUGAGGUCUCCGACUUUUUCCUGUUUGGCUCUCCACUGGGCUUGGUACUUGCCUUGAGAAAGACUGUCAUUCCAAUGCUGGAUGUGGCCCAACUGCGGCCUGCCUGUCAUCAAGUCUACAACCUGUUCCACCCAGCCGAUCCCUCAGCCUCCCGCCUGGAGCCUCUAUUGGAGAGGAAGUUUCACCUCCUGCCUCCCUUCAACGUGCCCCGUUACCAACGCUUUCUGGGUGACGGAAACUCUGCCCUACUUGCGGAUGUUGUUCAGUCUCAUGGUGGUGUCUUCAUGGACAGUUCGUACCCCUCAUCCCCCGUAACGGGCCCCCUCUCCCGGGGCCAGCGGAGGGCCAGUGAAGUCAGCAUUGCCAGCCAGGUCUCAGGAAUGGCAGACAGUUACACUGCCACCAACAUAGCCAACACCAAAUCACGCCAAAUUAACCAAUUCAAAAAGUUCAGCCUUUUGUCCCAACUCGCCCUUUCAUCACAAAACAAAUUCUUCCUGAAAAGUCCUCCUAAGUCCCGUAAAAAAGCGGAGGCUGGCAAGGCCGCAGGAUCUCCUGAUGCAGAUCUAGUAGCAGAGCUGGACGGUGUGGCAGAGACUAGUGACCGUCUAAGUCCCACUGGCCAGCACGAGAACUGCCAGUCACCUGGGCUGGAGCGUGCUAUAUCUGUUCUGGUCUCACUGGACUCCCAGGCUGAAGUGGACCAAGUUGCAGCACGUUGGUGGGGCACAAAGCGGCUGGACUUUGCCCUGUACUGCCCCGAUGCUCUCACCGCUUUCCCCACAGUGGCUUUACCGCACCUCUUCCACGCAUCAUACUGGGAGUCCACUGAUGUUGUGUCUUUUCUCCUGAGACAGGUCAUGAGGCAUGAAAACUCUAGCAUCCUGGAGCUCGAUGGGAAAGAAGUGACUGAAUUCACUCCCUCUAAACCUCGAGAGAAGUGGCUCCGCAAGAGGACCCUAGUGAAGAUCAGGAACGUGACUGCCAACCACCGCAUUAACGACGCAGUGUUCACAGAAGACUCCCAGCAGGUCGUGACAGGUCGCUUUAUGUACGGCCCUCUGGACAUGGUCACCUUGGCCGGGGAGAAGGUUGAUCUCCACAUCAUGACCCAGCCCCCAUCAGGAGAAUGGGUGUACUUCAACACACAAGUGACCAACAGUAGUGGCCGUGUGUCUUUUGCCAUCCCAGAGAAAAAACGUCUGGGCAUCGGAGUCUACCCAGUCAAAAUGGUUGUCAGGGGUGACCACACAUGUGCAGACAGCUACGUGACAGCUGUUCCACGUGGCACAGAGUUUGUUGUAUUCAGCAUCGACGGGUCAUUUGCUGCCAGUGUGUCAAUCAUGGGCAGUGAUCCCAAAGUGCGGGCAGGAGCCGUGGAUGUUGUCAGGCACUGGCAAGAUUUAGGCUAUAUGAUCAUCUAUGUGACAGGACGGCCAGACAUGCAGAAGCAGCGGGUAGUGGCUUGGUUAUCUCAGCACAACUUCCCUCAUGGCAUUGUCUCCUUCUGUGACGGCCUGGUCCACGACCCGCUCAGACACAAGGCCAACUUCCUCAAGUCCCUGACAGAGGUUCACAUGAAGAUUUUCGCUGGCUACGGAUCAACCAAAGACAUCUCAGUCUACACCUCCGUUGGCAUCCCUCCCUCCCAAAUAUACAUCGUCGGGAGACCCUCCAAGAAGAUGCAGUGCCAGUUCAUCACAGAGGGCUAUGCGGCUCAUUUGUCCCAGCUGGAGUACAGCCACCGUUCUCGGCCAGCUAAGUCCAGCAGUGCACGCAUGGUACCACGUAAAGGCAACGGCUUGGGUGCAAACAGCGACUUCCUAAGGAAGAGGAACCACCUGCUGCGCACCAUCUCAUCCCAACCGGCUCCCAGCUCCCCAACAGGCAGCAUCCACAACAGGCCAGAACGCACACAGAGCCAAUCGGACGGCGAGAGGCUGGAGCGGGAUCGGCAGGAGUGCGCUCACAGCUACAGCCAGGGAGCAGCACAGCGCAGCAUGAGCAUCACAGCCAGCUGCUGGGGCCGCAGCAGCAGCACCAAGCUGGAACCAGGCGUUCUCAGCCCCAAAUGAGAUUAGGAAGACAGAGUACCUUCGGGAGAGUGAUGAAAAGCAUACAGUGCUGAGGAAGAGACCCAUGACAAAGAUAAAUGCAAAGAGUGAAAAACAGUUGGCUUGCACCAAAUGGGUAAAUACCACAAUGAAAACAAUAGGUGCUACAAACCACUCUUUAUAAACUAAUG